GUCAUUCGCGCGUACUUGCAGCACCACGAUCGGGAGGGCCAGGAAGAGUGCGAGUACUUGUUCUUUUCAAUCGUCUCUGACACCUCAUAGAAUCACUCAAGGCAUACACAGUCGAGCGCAUGUCCUCAAAUCACUGCAAAAGAAGAAGCAGGAAGUCGCUGAUGAGUGUCUGUAUUGCGUUGCUAGCGAGGCAAGCGAGAGAGAGACGAUGUGAAGAGAGAGAAGAAAGUACACAUGUGAAGGAAGAUUUCACCACGAACGAGACAAUCGAUUGGUACAAAGUGUCACAAAUGCCAAAGAACAGAGUGCGAAGGGGUGGUGAAUCAUACCAAACAGCCAGAGGUUGCUGAGGAAAAUGCCAGACACCAAGGGCCGUCCUUCGUCAAAGACUCGCAC